CCCAACUUUAUAUAUAUAUAUCUUUUAUUAUAUUAUUAUUAUUAUUAUUAUUAUUUAUUUAUUAUUAUUAUUCUUUUGAAAUGUCAAUGUUUCUUUCAAAGUUUCUUUCUGGAAGAAAUAAUAGUAAAUCAAAAUUAGAAUUACUUGUUCAAUCUUGGUUAAGUAUACAAAAAUAUUAUGAAACUGCUGCAGAUGCAUUAAAAGAUGCUGUUGACUUGACUCCUAUACCAACUGCCUUACAAAAUAUUGUUAAACUUAUUCAAGCUGAAGAAUUAGAAUAUGAACGUGUAAAUGAUACUUUAGAAACAGGACCUUGUUUAGAAUAUCUAUUACAAAGACGUGUUCUUGAAGAAUUAGUAGAAUUUGCUAAAGUGGAUACUCCUUAUGGUAUGCGAAUUCAUUGUCUUCGAUUCUUUUGUAGUUUGGUUAUCAAUGUUCAUGCUCAAUUAUUACCAGAACGUGCUGUACAUGUUCCUUUACAAAAACUUAUUACUUCUUGUCAUCGACUGAUUGCUCACCAUUAUGAACAACUGGAACUGGAUCCUGAAGCUUGUUCUGAAGAACGUCAUGCUGCUAUUGCUGAACUUUCCUUAGAACUUGUAAAAUUGAUGCACGGUGUCUUUGCUCAUUUUAAAGGAACCAAUGCUGCCUUGAUGGAUUUAUUUUUUGAACGUGGUUGGUGUCGUGGUCUAGGUGAAAAUGUUUGGAGAAGUAGCAAGGAUGGAAAAACAUCUCAUAAACGAAGAGAAAGUUUGGAUGAAAAGAUUCAUUGGAAUAUGUUUUUAAUGCCUCGAUUUGAUAUGUUCACUCAUUUGAUUGAUUUUAUGAACAUUCCUGGUGAAACUGGUGAAAUAGCAAGAGAAGCCAUUUUAUUUGCUCUACGUUUAUUGGAAGGAGAUCCUGAAUAUGUAUGCUAUAUUGUAGAAUAUUCUGGAUUAUGUGAAGUGAUGGCUGAACGAUUGGCUUUGUUAUUUGCUUUAUUACCAAAAAAUAUGGGUGCUUUUACUAUAGCUAGCAAUAAUCGAGUGGUUCCAGUUCGUCCUCCAAGAAGAAGAAUUCAAUUCUCAAUUCCAGCCAUGAUCACCAAUAACAGCCUUAUGAUCACCGUCAAUGCACAUAACAGCUGUCGACGAAAACGUAGAAAGAAAAGCCCAUUCGAUACUAACUUUAUUCGUACACUUGAAAAUACUCAGGAUGGUGAAAUACUUGUUGACAGUUUUUAUAGUUUUUGGGAAUAUUUAAAUGAUGUGGCUCGUGUUGCCGACAAACGUUUGAUGACUGCACUUAUGGCUCAACUUACGACCAAUCUUUGGCAUCCCGUUGUUUGUACUGCUCUCAGCUCUCCUUCUAUUGAUUCCGCCACGGCUGCUACUGCUUAUACCACUGAAAUGAUUCGUAGCUUAACUGAUCAAACUUUACUUCAUGCUUUCCUGGUUGUACUUGUCGGUGAAGAAGGUGGCGUUGGCAAAGAUUUAGAUCCUGAAAUCAAACCUACUUCUACUGGUCGAAUCAAAGCAUUACAUGGAUUAGACGACGAUGAUGAUGAUGAAGAUGAGGAUGACGAUACUAGUACUGAUAAAAGUCGACAAAGUACAGAUUCCAUGGAUGACGACGAUUUAACAUUACGUGUACUUUUGAUUCAUCGAUUGGAUGCUGAAGAUAUCGACUUAUCACUAGCAACGUUACGAUUAUUUGAUACCAUGUUGGAAACUUACAAUCAAUUUGUUAUUUAUAAUCUGGUAUUACGAAAUUAUGUGGAUAUUGGUCCAGAUGGCGAAUAUGUAUCCAUACCAGCACCUAACACUACUGAAGAAGAAACACCAUCGAUUGCGUCCACCCUAUCUGAUGAUAGCAAAAUAUCAAUGGAUGAUACUACUCUUGUUCGAGAUACCAAGGAAAAUAAGACGGACAAAGUGCGAUGGCUAGUUGAAAGAGUAUUAUCCUUAUUACCAUUGGAAGAUGAAUUGGAAAGAAUGAAAAGUCCUUCAUUAUCGACAAUGAUGUCACGAGAUGGAUCGGGAAAUGGACGACAACAAUAUCAUUCAAAUGAUCACAGUAGUAGCAGCAAUAACAGUAUUGGUAGUAAUGGAUCUCAACAACAUGUGGUAGUCCCUGGCAAUAGUUAUGAUGAUUACUUUCAUGAAGCAAGGGAACGAUUUCAAUAUGGCAUGUUGGCACGUAACUUUUGGCAAUUUCCCUAUCCUCCGGUGAAGAAUCGACAAGAUAUAGAACGAGAAACGGAAGAUCGAAAAGGACGACCGAAACGACCGAAAAGUAUGGUAGUAGGACGUGAAGCAGCAAGAAUGAUGAAUGAUACUAUGACCUUUUCAGCCUCAUCCACCACUAUCUUUGGAUCACAAGGGAAAAACAAUGAUGAUAGUGAUGAUGUGAUCAAACGAUGUUCAAGUUAUGAAGGACUCUUUUUACAUCAAUUAUUUGAUCUGUUUGCGAAAAUGUUGGAAUCGACCAUGGAACAAAACUUGAUGGUGACCAGUAUCCUACAAAAAAUCGCCGGUAUUGUGGAUAGACGAGUGGAUGGUGUUAUCUGUGAUUGGCGUGCAAUUCGUGUGGGUGAAGAUGGCAACAUGUAUGGAGGCGUCUGGACACUUCCUACCACCACUUCAAGAACAAGAAGAAGUCUCUAUGCCUUAUUGGAACAAGUGACGUUUGAAGCCCUUAAACGAGCUCAAUUGGUACCCAAUUUUGAAACUAGGAUUGCUUUGGCUAAAAAACGUGGAGUGAUUCCCAAUCAACAACAACAACACCAACAACCUAUUCAACAAGUAUUAAAAUCAACUGCACUUCAUUUGACAGCAUCUCAUUCUACACCACGUGAAUCCACCACUUUACAAGGUCUUUCUAAACAACCCAGUUUUUCUCAUCUUGUUUUCAAUAAACAAAAUGCACCAUUACCAAGUCCUCCUUCACCUACACCGUCCAAAUCAGCCAAUACCCCAACAACAUCAACAGCAGAUAUCUCCUCAGAAACCAAAAAUACAUCAUCAUCAUUACGAUUGGAUUUAUCUAGUACUACGUUACUCCAAAACAAUGAACUUCCUUCAGCAACCUCACCUUCCUCCUUAUUUUUCCAACAAAAAUCCAAUGCCACCCCGGUCACCAUGACCAAUCCAUUUGCCAAACUGUCCAACUUUGUCCAUGCCUAUAUUGUCCUUCAAGAAUUUUGUAAGGAAUUAGCAGCCGUGGUGCUUGUUCGUCAUGCAACUGCCUAUCCUGAUGAACCCUCUCGCAAUAACAACAACAAUGAUACUAUUGCUUUGAUGACUCGACAAAAAAUGAUGGCAGCUUGGCAUCAAGAACAAUAUUAUGUACCACAGCCAUUUGGUCCUCAACAAGAAAUAAUCGAUCGGAAAUGGAAACAACGUAUGUCUGUCGCCACCACUUAUGAUUGGAGACAUAGUUUAGAUCCUAUUGAUGAAAUGACAAGACGACCUCCUUCUUCCUUACGAUCCCCUAUUUAGUUUUUUUUUUGGAAAUAAAAGAUUAGUUAUGUUUAUUUAUUUUUCAUAACAAGUUUCAUGGUAA